AUGCCCGUUGUUAGCGCUUCAGUCACUCUUAACCGAUUUAUUUUGCACAUUCCGAGUGAAGAGAGAGACAAUGCAAUCAGAGUGUGUUUUCAGAUUGAACUUGCCCAUUGGUUUUACUUGGAUUUCUACAUGCAAAACACACCAGGAUUACCUCAGUGUGGGAUAAGAGACUUCGCUAAAGCUGUCUUCAAUCACUGCCCUUUUUUACUGCCUCAAGGUGAAGAUGUACAGAAGGUUUUAGAUGAGUGGAAGGAAUACAAAAUGGGAGUGCCAACGUAUGGUGCAAUUAUUCUUGAUGAGACACUUGAAAAUGUUCUUUUGGUUCAGGGCUAUUUAGCAAAGUCUGGUUGGGGAUUUCCAAAAGGGAAAGUAAAUAAAGAAGAGGCUCCUCAUGACUGUGCUGCUAGAGAG